GCGGUGUAGAAAAUUGCAUCACUGGGAAGGAAACAACAGAUGAAAAAAGAAUAAUUUGCUUUUGGUGAAAAACAAAAAAUGGGAAAGAAUCGCAAGAAAGGUAAUGAAAAUUGCUUUAUAUUGUGAACACAAUGAUCACCGAUUUACAAGCUCCCGUGAGUUAUGAUCUGUAGUAAUUUAGAAUGAAACUUUUGAAAAAUGUUCGUGCAUCAAGCAUGCAUGAAACUUUUGAUGCUCUUUUUUUUUAAUCACGGGUUUUAACCGGGAUUUAUUAACUGUAGCUAUAGUCUUCCUGUCUUGUUAUUGACGCACUGCACGUGGCCUAUAUAGUUCUUUGUCAGAGUCACACUUUCAACCAUUCGAUCUUGCUUGAGGCUUAAUAGGCCCUUUGCAUGACUUGAUCACGUGAUCAAUUUUCGGUAAACACGAAAACAGUUCGCUUUUGAAAAAUUUUGUUAGCACAAGCUGAAAGAGCAUACUAAAAUUAGGUAACCUGAGCAUUUUCAACCGUAUAUCUCAAAAGUAGCAAUUGCAACGGCCUCCGAAAGUUGGAAGCAUUUGUAUGUUUUCCAUACAAAUCCUUGUAAAUUCUAAAAUUUUUAAACUGUCAUGUAAUCUUUUUCUUACGCAUUUAAGGGCUCAAAUUGUCUAUUACAAAUUAAAAGUAGAUUUGAGCCCUGUAAUGCUUAAGGAAAUAUUUCAUGACAGUUUCGAAAAUUUUGAAAUUACAAGGAUUUGUAUGGAAAACCAUGCAAGCGUGACUGGAUGGCAAAAGUUGUUUUUCUCGAACAAAUGCUUCCAACUUUUGGCGGCCGUUGCAAUCGCUACUUUUGAGAUUCUCAGGUUACCUAUUUUUAAUACACUCUUUCAGCUUGUGCUGACAAAAUUUUUCAAAAGUGAACUGUUUUGGUUUUUACUGAAAGUUGAUCACGUGAUCAAGUCAUGCAAAGAGCCUAUUUAUAUAUUAUUCAUAUGCGUCACUUAAUCAUUUCCUGGUAGAUAUAAGCUUAGUUCUUUUUUUUUUCCUCAUUACUUUUCUUCAGUGCACCCAGGUGCAUCUCGAGCUGAACUGAUGAUGAUGACAGUGUCAGAAAUUGUCAACCAGUUGAUCACAGCUCACGAAAAGGGAAAUGAUGUCAAUCUUAACAAGUAAGUUACAUUUAUAAAUUUUUAAAUUUCUCCUUGUGUAUCUGCCAGUGGCUUUUGACUGCUUUUAAAUUCUGUAAGACUUCAAUGAUACAAUAAUAUUAAUGGGCAGAGUCAAGAGUGACCUGACAGGACAAGGACCCCCCUUUCUCUGUGGAGUUUUGGAUUAUUAAGGCCAAGUUAGGGUAAAAUGUUUAACAUAUGACAUGGCCUUGAAACAGUGAGGUAGGAGAGCGGAAAUGGCGACAAAUGACACAAAGAUGGGUUGAAACUGAGACAGCAACAGAGGAAAGCACAAAUACAUAGUGAAAUACUGACGGCGACAUGGUUUCCUCCUCAAGGUGCAAAACGACAGGUUUUGAAAUUAAGACAAGGGCUUUAUUAUGCUAAAAGAAUUCUCAGUACCCUAACCCUUGCAAGUGUCCUGGCCAACCUUUGAGUAUUUUGUGGAUCCCCCCCCUCAGUUUGCAAGGUCCAUUCAACAUUGGAACCUGGCAGACUUAUAGUCUCAGAGAAAGCCAUAAAAUCACAAGGAGAAAUUCAAGUUGUUCAUUUAAGAAAGUGUGUAUCUCAUAGAUGUGCUUGUUAAGAGAGAGGUAACUCACUGUGAUUUUCUCACACUCCAUUAAGUCUCAAGUCAAGUGUGCCCAUCUCCGGCUGGGGCAUUUGUCAUUUUUUCAUUGGAAAGCUGCAAAUGGCAUAUGGUCAGGCCAGGAGAUCCAGAUACACUGUGAAGAACUGCCCACCAUUUUUCUUAAAAUGCUCAAUUGGAAAUACAAUGUAAUCAAACACAUUUCAAGACUCUUUGCCUCAUUGGACACAAUUUAAAAAAAAGUUUUUCUGUGACAUUAUUCUUGUGUCUGUACUCUAACAGAUCAUGGACCACAACCAAACAGUAUGCAUAACAUUCACCACAUAGAAUGUAUAGAAAUAUAUCAGUGAUCUGAUCCCAAGAAAGGAGAUCUCAGUUAGACCAUCCAAAUGUUUACCAAAGACAAAACAAUAAAAUUAAUGUAACAUGAACCUUUUUUCUUUGAUUCCAUCAGAAUAAAGGGACAAACCUCAAGCAAGUAUGGCUUGACAUCCCAGCCCAGACUUGUUGACAUAAUUGCUGCUGUGCCUCCGGCUUAUAAAAAGGUCACUGUUACUUUAACUUCUUCUCCUUAUCAUAAAUAAUUAAUAUAAUUAUAGUACAUAGUGGUCAACCUAAUAUCAUCGUUAUUCACAGGUUUUACUUCCGAAGCUUAAAGCCAAACCAGUUAGAACAGCAUCAGGUGUAAGUAUCAUUCUGUCCUAAAAGAAUUUUUGAACUAGCCUGGAAUGUUUUUGUUUUACUACUGUUCCCUUUUUGGUGUAAAACAUUGGAAUGAAAGCAGUGAAUGUGUAUGUUUACAAGUUAUUUGAAAUUUAAAAAAAUCAAGUUAUAGUAUUAGUCAAAGGUAAGUUACCACCCUUUCACAUGACAGGAGUCUUGUCUUUGAGACAAGGCUCUCAUCUCUUGAGACAAGACUCUCAUCUUGCAAGAUAAAAGUUUCAUCUUGAGAGACAAACUCUCAUCUUGCGAGAGGGUUGAAAACUGUAAGUAUCAAGACAGUGUCUUUGGAAUCUUUAUGGAUUUGACAAAAGUCCUGUAAGAAGUAAGAAAAAUGUGAGUCAAGUGUGAAAUUGGCAGCAAAGUGCAGGAUAAAGUCCUUAGUACCAUAAACACUUAAGAAAGCUAUGGUCGACUUAUACAUAGGACGUCACAAAAUUAUUCUAGAAGGCAAAAAUAUUGAACAGUCUUAGAAAUCCCACAACCACACACAUCACAAUGAUUAGUAAAGUAAAAACAAUGCAAAUGUACCCACUUUUUUGGUAAGCUGCACUUGGCACCUGGACAACUAAGUUUUCCUGAAAGUCUUUAAGCUCAGAAAAAUGUUUUUGCUGUUGCAUUUAUAGAUAGCUGUUGUUGCAGUGAUGUGUAAACCUCACAGAUGCCCACAUAUUAACAUGACUGGAAAUAUUUGUGUGUAAGUUUUUGUGCUUAUUUCAUGUUCACUAGAAAAAUGAAAAUUUAGAUCUUCCCUUGAAUUUAUUACCCUUGAAGAAGAAGUCUUUUAGUCAUUAAAGAACAACAUCCGUUUUGUUCUGGUUUGAAAGUUUAAAAAUGAACAGGGAGUCUUCAAUUUUUACGGUAGACAGCACAGAAAAAUGAUUCCUUUCCAUCACAAGUUAGUGGUAAACUCUUUCAACAAAGCAGUGCUCUGACAUCACAAGUUUAACCAAUGGCAAGCUGAACUAUGCAACAUAGCUGAUCUUUAUAAGCAAUAGAUGCCAUAAGAUGUCAGGGAAAUACAUUUAUGCCUACUCUCCCGGAGUAUCUGGGACCCUCCGAGAUAAGGUGCUAAUCACCUAGUCUCCCAUACGAAUCACCAAACCUUCUGCAUUAAAUUGAAUUUUGAGCUUAUCUCUGAUUUAGUUUGAAAUUAUGCCAACAAUUUUUCCCUCAAAAUAUGUAAAUUUUUCAGUGAUAGUAUUGUGUCUGUGGCAUUUUUGCACAUACUGUAUUUCAUCAUUAUUUUUCCCAAUGCAUGUGUUUAAUGUUAAGGUAUUGCCCAGGGGGACCAGACUCUGAUUUUGAAUACUCCACCCAGUCCUAUACAGGAUAUGAGGUAAGCCUUUAGUACUUUUGUACUCAGUCAGUCAUUCAUUUAAGUGUUCACUUAAAUCAGUCAUUCAGUAUUAAAAGGGACUGGUUGUUUAUUUCCUCUGAGGAAAUUAGUGAAAGAAGUAACAAGUGUGAAUUGAUAUUGAAUAUAACAGCUGUCUUUUGAUUUUUAUUAUACUAGGGAUGCCGAGAUUAUUAACUUUAUUCUCCCAAAUACGGCGCUUAUUCGUGGGAGUAAAUAUGGUGAUUAGUUUUAAGACUUGCAGAUAUCUCUUGUCUUCUGUCAAUGUGAUUGGUCACAACACAAGGAACAUUAUUUAAGGGAAUAUUUCAGGUGUUCACGGUUUUUAGUUGUUAUUUUGGUAGGAGGGUCUUAAGGCCUAAAUAUUCUUACAGAAAUGAUGAACCUAAAAUGGAAUUUACAGAAGGUUGGAGGAGUAAAAAGCCUUUAAACCCCCUACUGGGGUGGGGGAAGAGAGUGUGGAUAUUUCGUGGAGCAUAUUUCUAUUCUUGGUUGUAUGGGGCCUACGUCAAUCCUUCUAUCUGCCUCUAUACUAUUUUAUAUAGUUUGCUUAGAGAGCAAGAAAUCCUUGCAACCUACCAGAGUAAUCACUUCUCACUCCUCUAGACAGUCUUUAUUUUUUUACUCAACAAUGUUUGCUGCACAUGCAAAUUGACUAUUCUUGAAAUAGUUGAGUAUUUACAGAUGCUAUAUCUGCUCUUUCAGCCCACAUCAAUGAGAGCAAUCCGAGCCCGGUACAAUCCUUAUUUGCAAACCAGGCACCGGAUGGAUCAGGUAUCCUAAUAAUCUCAGAAUUUUUUCUCCUGAUAACUUUGCACAGAGACAGUUAUAAUGAAAACAAGGUCUGUAACCAUAUUCAAAAUAUAGAUGUGCUCAUUUUUUUGUGCCAUUUUAACUUGAUACUCCUACUACUUGUUAAAAAAAUUUUUUUUUAAAUACAAUAUUAUUGUUUUAGUCACGCAGGUUGCUUUUGACAUUUGCAGUCCAUCAGUUUUGUGUAUGCUGGAUUUUCAUUUUGAAAACCAGUGGUUUCCCUAUGUUGUAAACGAUAUGUUUGGUGAAUGGUUUAAAUUGUAAAACUGAAUAUUUGAUUUUUUCUUUGUUACAGCUUAAGCAACUUGGUCACAGUGUUGACAAGGUAAUUAAGAUGAACUUUAUAUAUUCAUCAGCAUUGUGUGUUCAUUUGUCUCCCAUUUAUAUCAAGGUAGAGGUUUUAGAGGUUUGAGACUUGCAGAGAUGCCAACCUCUGGAGACCUAAAAUCGGGAGACUGUCUUUUUUCACUAUCCCCCCCCCCCAACGAAUUUCAAAAAAAAAUUGACCCAGCCCCCAAUGGGAAUAACUUAGGACAUUUUAUGACGUCUUACAUGAUGUACAUACUAUCAAAAUUCGAAAUCAUUGUUUUGAUGCUAGAAAUAAUCUUUGUCAAUGACUAAAAAUAUGCAAAAAUGCCCCAGAAACAGUACUGCGAAUAAGAAAAAUUCAAGUUUUGAGCUAAAAAUGGGCUAAAUCUCAAACUAAGUCUGUUUUAUUUUUUACUAAGUAUUCAAUAUUUAUAGUGGACGUAACAAGCGGGAGAUUUAUGUAGCGAAGCGGGAGAGCGGGAGACGAAGCAAAAAAGCGCAAGUCUCCCACCAAAAGCGGGAGAGUUGGCAUCACUGGGCUUGAGUUGUGGAUAAGGUUGUGAUAUUUCAACAUAUUGAGAACCCACCACAGAGGGAAAAUCCAUAUCCUGAUGUUAUCUACAUCUAAACUCUCAAACCUACUGUUAAAGGCAAAAGUAGUUAGCAAAGUGAUCAUAGUUACAGCUGUAGGCCUGCAUGAUACAAAGUCACAGCCCAGUCUUAAGUUUGUAACCAGUAGCACUUUCCACAUAGAAAGAAUGCAAGAGGUCAUUCCCUGCCACCCCCCUCAUAUCAGUGGGGUGAUUGAGCUAAUUUGCCUGCAUCUUUUAAAGGAACCCUAUAAUUUUCCCUUCAAAGAAAAUUGAACAAGGAACUGACUGCUUGCAUGCUACAUGAUCUUUCCUUAGAUCAAAGUUCUGCAGCAUGACUUCCUUUAAAAGGUGUUUUUCUGCAAAAUUUGUAGAAGCAAAUGGUUAUGCAACCUAAAGGUUAUAUUGUGGUACUCAAAUUUGGUCAAUUUUCAUCUUAUCACCCUGUUAGGUAUAGGCUGACGAAAUAAAACACAAUUUUUUUUCUUUACCUUUCUUUUGGCACAGGUUGAGUUUAUUGUUAUGGGAGGAACAUUUAUGUGUCUGGAUGAAAGUUACCGAGACUUUUUCAUUAGAAAUCUUCAUGAUGCUCUUUCAGGUCACACAAGUAACAAUGUAGAUGAGGCUGUCAAGUAAGUACUCUUUUUCUAUGACCAUUUCACCUUGUUUUGGUUAGUUUGUCUUUGGAUAUUUUUCAUUUUCGUAUAAGUUAUUGAAUGGUGUAGGACAAAAUAGCCUUAACUGACUGUUGAUCUAAAAUCAAACUUUCUUGGCAUCACAAGCUUAAUUAUGAGGCAGAUUGCAAGAAGAAUCUAUCAGUUUUUCAAAAGUCAAGUGGGAAUAAUUUUUCUUAAUACCAGGCAUCCCUUCAAACUAUUAUUAGUGGAUUUGGUGUAAUCUGGAAUCAUUUUGUUUUAGAAAGCAUUAAUUGUUCCAUUGAUGGACAUUCAAGUGUUAUGUCACCCUCACUGAUGUAUCUUGUAGAUAUUCUGAGAGGAGCAAGACAAAGUGUAUUGGAAUCACCAUAGAAACAAGACCUGACUACUGUCUGAAAAAACAUUUAAGGUAGCAAGGCUGCACUCUACACCUACAUGCACUUCAUUAUACUCGUGGGGCUGAGUCAAACUCAAAAUAAAUUAUUAUCAAGCUGUCUGGUAUGGUAUGAACAGCAACAAGGCUUGAGCAACUUGUUCACUCACAUCCAACAUCAUGCCAAGAUCAACACUAUGCAGCUUCUCUCCGUUACAGAAAUCACUCCAAAAGCACCCUUUGUAUCUGCGAACAGAAGCCCUAUAGUAUGGUUUUUGUGUCGGCACAUAAUACAGGGGCGGAUCCAGGAUUUUUUGUAGGAGGGGGUGCACUCAUCUCUUGCUCUACUUCAACACCAAUAAACCACAGUCAUAGUUUUUUUUGCGGAAUACCAGUCGUAUUAGAAAACUGCAGGUCACCUAAUAAUAAUCCAAUAUAGUGUGAACAUAUACAUUUUUGUAGCCUCGGUUUCACCAGCAUAAUGAAUCCCCAAUUCAAUGCAACCAACCAGGGGCCUUGAAAAUAGUUUAAUGAGGUUUUAAUGAUAGGAAAAUGACUUAUCAAGCGUCUGUAAUACUUGAGCCAAAAGAAUGUUGUACCAGAAGGAAUGGUUCUUCUGUAUAAUCAUUAAUUGCUAUUUAAUAAUGAGAUCACAUUCAAACAUAGUUGUAUUGCCCUUCUAUCCCCUUCAAAUGCUGAUGAAAAUAGUUUUUAAAUGCAAUCCGCAAAACAAUGCAACAUGGUUGAGAAGGAGGAGGUGCAGGCAGUCAAACUUUUAGAAUGCUUGCAGCUUGAACAUGAUAAACAGGACUGUCUUAUCAUCUUUAGGUAUUGGUUAUGGUUAAAGUUUUGGGCAGAUUACGUGAGCGCCUAAAAUGUUGGCACUCAUGUGUAAAGUUUUACAUUGCACUUGUGUCGAACUAAUUUGUAGAUGAGAAGGUUUGGUUUCUUUGAAAUACUGAAGAAUUUAGGGGUGCAAAGAGGAUAUUAUCUGUUUAUAAAGUGUUGCAUAUAACAGGAGUAAUACGGUAGUAAUUUAUUGUUAUAUAUUAGAUUGUUGGUCUUUAGUUAUAAGUGAGUCUCUUUUUCGGAGCUGAGAGUAGAAAUAUAGCUUAUAAGGAUAAUACAAGUCAUAAUUACUGCUGUUGUCCUAAUAUGCUUCUUGUUUUUCAGCUCAAUGCUAAUGUAUGGCUGCACUCGUCUUGAGAUUGGUGUACAGAGUGUGUAUGAGGAUGUAGCCCGAGAUACCAACAGGUAGGGCAAACAAAACAAAACCAGCACUCAAAAGUAAUAAGGAAAAGAAUAAUAAUUUUAACCGAUCAUAGUUUUAACUAAACUAAUUUUUGUUAAGACUGUUGUAAUUGCCAAUGAAAUGUUUAAAUAAUUAUAUUUUCUACUGCAUUUUUUCUUGUAUUAUUUUGUUCAGAGGCCAUACAGUGAAGGCAGUGAGUGAGUCAUUUCAUCUGUCAAAAGAUGCCGGUUUCAAGGUGAGGUCUAAAAUAAUGAGGUGAAUUUUGUUGUUGUUGUUACCACAUGUUUUUCGUUACUUUCAUGGAAUUUUUGUUAUUAUUUUUUACUAUAUCUUUUUCAAGUGUUGCCUAUUUAAGUGUGGAAGGUACCUAAUGAUAUUUUAACUUUCUUGCUGUGUAGGUUGUGUCACAUAUGAUGCCUGAUCUGCCAAAUGUGGGAUUGGAGAGAGACAUUGAACAGUUUAUAGUUAGUGGACUACUCAUCUUUACAUCUUAACUUUGAAUAUUACGUAAAUGUGAUCAGACAACAUUUGAAAAUAAUAAUGGUUGCUCUCCCAACAGGAAUUUUUCGAAAAUCCUGCAUUUAGAGCAGAUGGUUUAAAAAUUUAUCCAACCUUGGUUAUCCGUGGCACAGGUAAUUAAGUUGCAGUUUAUGUUGUUGAUGUUGAUGAGCUUUUAAACCUCCUAUGCUUAAAAUCCAAGUUUUGAGUAAAGUGUUAUUUUCCUUGUCUCUCACUGGAUUCCCAAAAACUAACGGAAGUGUAGUCCAAGUAACCAAAAAUCUUUUGAAAAUUCCACCAAAUAAUAUACUUGAAUAUACAAAACUUAAAAAAAAAAUUGGUAUAGGCUCUAUUUAAUAUCCAGUAAGCCAGAUUAGAAUAAUAUUAUUAUUGUUUGAUUGAAACAACAAGCUAAGCAAGCUGCUAAAACUUUAUUUUGUAAAGAGAUGAAGGUCGUCCUUUUUUCACAACUCACAUAUCUAACAAAACUGCCAAACUGUCCUAUUUUGAUUAAUUUAAAAAUUUUGAACUGAUCAAGAUUUCCAUCGUUUGACAACUAAAAAACCACUGGUGAUGGAGGCAAGACGAGUGUAAGCAGCAUUUGAAGCUAGCUGCACCUGUGAGGCUGUUGUGGAUAUUUAUGUUGGUGUACUUACAAAAGUUUUUUAUUACUGGGGUGGGAAAAUGAUCCACUUGGUGGCCUGCUGAUCCUCUUGGUUGCCUUGGUUGCAAGCUUGGGAAAAGCGUGCCAUUUUUUAAAAUUUUGCUCAAAGAGAAACAAAUUUAAGGUGGAUGGGUUUCUAGCCUGUGUACACAUGGCUUGUUGGCUAAACUGACUGCAGUUGUAUUUUGAUGAGUCACUUCUUGAUUGUGAAUGAAAUUUUACCCAUGCUUGACUUCUUUUUAUACAAUGUGAUUUUCCCAGUGUUGCAUUACUUUUUCUCUGUCACUAUUGUGAGUGUAAAAUGAAUCAACUUAAAGUUCUGAUUCUGAAAGUUUUUAGCUUUCUCUCUGACAAGUUCAUCUACCAUAUCUGGUCACAGCAGGGUGAAGGGCCAAUAACCCUGCUCUAGAGAGCCCAUCAAAAUACUUGAAGUCUAAUGACUACGGUCCAGAUUUUAAUAGUUAUUUUCAUUAUUAUUCUUUCUAAGUAUUUCUCAAUUUUUGAUUGGCUUAAAUACCCCAGCUAAUUUUUCAUGGCCAGCAGCCAUUGACCAAAUGUGGAAGAUGUUUGCUAAUUAAUAUCCUCAAAGAACAAUUACUAUUAAAGAUAAUAUAAUUGCCAGGAAAAAGGGACAAUUGAAGGUGCAAUAGCUCAGCUGUUUUGGCAAAGCUGUAGACAAUGGUGGAAGAUUUUACACAUUAUCCAAAGAGAAAUAGCUGAACUGCUGUAUAACUACUGUGUAAAAACAUAACAAGUAUAGCAAAAUACCACUUGACAGAUGACAACUGUCCAUGCUGUGGCUAAAUUUUCUCCUUUCAAGCUCAUUAUCAUACAUUAACGUACCCAAAAACAAACAACAAUAAAAUUUGAACCAAAGAUAAAACUACAACCUAUACAUGUUCAUUUCUCAAAAAUGCCUAUUGUGUUGUUUUGCACUGUGAACAGGUUUGUAUGAGCUGUGGAAGACAGGGAGGUACAAGAGUUACCCACCCAAUACACUGGUGGACUUGAUUGCCAGAAUUCUUGCCUUAGUACCACCUUGGACACGUGUCUACAGAGUUCAAAGGUAAGGCCUUAUGACAUAAUCAUUGUUCCUUAUACCCGUAAAAAAUAUAAUUUCUUAUGACUGAGAGGUACGGAAAAGAAUGUGUCUAAAAUCUAAAACAUUCUGAUGACAUGAUGUGGAGGUGUGCAGGUGCUCAUGGGAUAGUUUUGGACUACUUAUUCUGCUGGCAUGAGAAGUGUAGCAUUCUACUUCCUUUUGUGAAAAGUAACUCUUCCAAUGUUGUUAGGUAUUCAGAGCUGUAUGUCUUUGCAGUAACCUUUCUUGCUGUGGUUUAUAGUUUAUGUAUUUAGGUAUUUAGACCUGCAUCCUUUUGAAAUGAUAUCUCUUUUUGGAGUUGUUUAUGUUGUAUUCAGUGUUCUUUGGUUGUUGUUUGAACACCUUUCCCAAAAUUAAUAUAUCUAAGGGAAACUGGACUAUUGUUUUUUAAAACUACUUUUUUGAGGUUUUUAUUUCUUAUUAUUAAAGAGUUUGGGAAUAGAUUUUUUUAGAAGAAGUAAAAUUAGAAGCAGGAUUUAACCUGUAGUGUCUCAUGUUGCAAAAAUGUUAUUCAGUGGUGAUACCAGGCCCUUUGUUUAAAUUAUGUUUGUGAACAACUAACUUCCAUAUUAAAUUACUUAAUAGUAAAGUGUACAGAUAUUGGUUGACUUCUUACCCAUCUCAUGGUAGCAUCGUUACAUACCGUAAAAUUGCGAAAAUAAGUUAAAUAAUUUGUUCAAAAACCCACCGUUAAAUCGCCCCUCCAAAUUUAAGUCCCCGGGACAAAUCCCUCAAAUACCCAAAGCAAAAACGGUGAAUUUCUGGUGUAUAAGGAACAUGAUUUUUAAAUGCAAAUUUCUCUCCGUAGAUAAGCUGGCAAUAUGUUAAGCCCCUCCAAAAAUAAGCCCCUCAAAAAGGGCCUGAAAAUCUAAGGGACUUAAAUUUUACGGUAACUUGUUCAAAAUGUUAUUUUUUAAUUCCCCAUGUUUAACAAUUCUGGUGUGGAACAUGGUAACCUGACAUUAAUGAAGGAUCUGGGGAUCUCGUUGGUUAUUUCAGAAUUCUUUGUUUAACGAUAAAUAAUUCAACGAUGUUAAUUUCUCUACAACUCAUGUCAAGUGCCACCUAAAUAUAUGAUGAGAAAACUCAAGGCAAUGAGGAGGAGAGUUUCAGAAGCCACUGUUUUUUUCCAAGCACCUUAAGUUGUCAAAUGUCUCUUGUUGUUUGCCAGUUGACAAGAGAUUUAUUAAUUUCAUGUUUGUCAGUGUCGUGAUGUACGUACACGUGAGGUUGGUAUACAGGAGAUUCAUCAUAAAGUGCGUCCUUUUGAGGUAGGUCCAGUGCCAAUGUAUGAGUAUGGAACUCUUUGGAGAACUGUGUAAAUGGAGAGCACCUUGUAUGAUAUAUUAUUAUUCCGGGUAUUAUAUUAUUAUUUAUUUUGUGUUGUUUAUUUAAGGUCCAUAUUAGAUUCCACCCCUUUAUGGCUCCAACCCCUCCCCUUGGCUAACUAGGAUUGAUUGUGUAACAUCAUGAAAUGCUCUUACUUCUUGGGCAGUUGUUUUCUCUAACUGUGCCCAUCAGUCUAUCUAUUAUCAACUUCUUUCUUCUGAAGACGGAACUUACUUCUUGUCAAUACGUUACAAAAUUAAUGGGGUAUUGGUUUGUGCCAAUAGGUGGUUCCUUGAAGUUUUAAUACUGUCAGUUGUCAAAUAUGUUUUAACAAAACUCUUCCACAACUGUGAACCAAUUUAUGGGUAACUGAGUCGUCAAAAUAAAAAAAAAUAUGAAAUAAUGUUAUUUAUUGAACAGACUUGAUGUGUUGCUAUGUAGAUUGAACUUAUUCGCCGCGAUUAUGUGGCAAAUGGAGGAUGGGAAACGUUUCUUUCGUAUGAAGAUCCGGAACAAGAUAUCCUUUGAGCAAUUUUAGACAGAAAGGACAACAUGUAUUGCAAGCAACAGUCACUAGACUGCGAGCAAUCUUAAUUUUCUUUGCAAAGUUACUGCACGCGAAACCUAAGGACGCGAGCGGCAAAGCCGCGAACCGCGAGAAACGAGGGCUAGUCUCAAUCCCUUAUUGUCAUAAUAACGUCGUGGUUCGCAGUCGCGAUGGAUGAGAUAAGAACUAGACGAAUUUUAAGAGAAAAAGCGGACUGCAAGCAGUCUACAGUCACACUUUGUCACUACAAUUAACAGAUAUCCUGUACAGUGAUUUUGACAUUGUGUAAUAAAAUUAUAUUGAAUUGUAUAAACCAUUGAGUCAGUUAACUUGGCUCUCCUACAAUCCCUUCAUGUUAGAAAUGAGCUUGCCCUUUCUUAUAGUCUAACGUAGUAAACGAAUACGUCAUGUUUUCAGUAAUUAUUUUUAUGCUGUUACUUCUUAACGUGUUUUCAAUAUGGGCAUUAUAGAAUUAGAAAGAUUCCGUCACCACAAUCUUAUUAAAUUUAAAAGUAAACUGUUUUCCUUAAUGUAGUUUAAAUAUUCUUGUUGGUUUAUUGCGACUGAGGAAGUGUUCAGAGGAGACUUUCAGACCCGAGCUAAAAGGAGGCUGUUCCAUCGUCAGAGAACUCCAUGUGUAUCCUUUGUUGCUUUGACUCAGGCUCAGGUAUAAUCUACUUGCUUGCCUGCCUGCCUGCCUGCCUGAGAAUGAUAUUCAUCCAUUUUAAACCCACUUACUCCUCCUAUCUACAGACUGUAACAAAGUGUAGAAGUACCUCUUUACAGCUUCCAAAACCUACAAUCUUGGACAGAAUAAAAUGGAACAGCAAACCCCCAUCCCCUCAAAUCAAGGAUGAAGCCCAGCGAAAGGGAAAACGCGUCAUUUUCCCAUCCUUAAUUUUUUUUUUUUUUUUUUUUUUUUUUUUGGGGGGGGGAGGGUCUAAAUUCUCCAUCUUUUUCGUCCAAGACUGUAGUUUUUUUUAGGAAUAUAAGAAUAAAAUGUCGUACAAUCAGUAGUCGGCGAUCCUGCUCUUUCUACAUCUCGAUUAUGUCUUUCCUAAAAAGAAAAACUAACUUGAUCGGAGGUUAAACAAUCACGUCAUUAACGGGUAUAGUUCGUAAAACGAGACAACCUGAGUUGUCUUAUAGAGAUUGUUUCUUUUAAGGCUUUUGUUAAUAUAAAGUGCACUGCCUUAACAUUGUUGUCAUAGCUAUGGAAGUGUGGUCCCAGUCAGUGCUCGUGAUCCAUCUAAAUUUCAGCAUCAAGUAAGUUGCUGUAUUUUAUAAAGGAUUUUUUUAAAGUAAGCCACAAAAAACAGGUUAUCUGUGUUUAUUUUGGCUUAAAUUUGUAACAGUAAUUUGCAAAUUCCUUUACAUAUUGCUUGCGCGAUUGUUACACAAGUUUUUAUUGACUUUCAGGGCUUUGGGAUGUUGUUAAUGGAAGAAGCAGAGAGGAUUGCUCGUGAUGAGCACGGUUCAGUGAAAAUCGCUGUUAUUUCAGGUAGGCUAACGAACAGUUCUCGCUUUUUUAUAAUAGAGGUAAUGAUAAGUAUGCAGACGAUUUAAGUUUAAAGAACCUUCUCUAAAUAAGUAGCCUUGCAACCCCAAAAAUUCAGAUCGGUGUAUAGGCAUGAUAAUCCGCAAGCAAGUGAUCAACGACAAUAAGGGGAGGCAUCGGCCGCUUUCGUUUGCCCCUCAGAUCGAGUUUCAACUCCGCCCAGUUUUCGAGUUCACCUCGCCGUUUCAACCUACUAAAAACUCUUAGCGUUUAUGCAUGUACAUUAGUGGCUUUAGAAUUGGACAGAGAAUGUUGUCGAGAAUAUGCGUGUUGAUAUUCUAGAAAAAAAAUGUUACCAUAAUACAGGGCACAAACUGAAAUUGUCUAAAACAAAACGCAGUUUUUGGUAUAAGAACUUGUCAGAAUUAUCGCCUAAAAUUUUGUCAAGUUCCCAGAUUAAUCGACCUCAUCUAAUGAGACCACUUCCCUUACCCUCCCCCCCCCCAAAAAAAAUAAAUGAUCUACCAGCCACCAGUCGUCUUGAAAUCUCUCUGAAUCAAGAAAAUUUAAUUCCCUGUCGCGGUUCUUUCACAGGAGUUGGAACUAGAAAUUAUUAUCGCAAGAUUGGCUAUGAACUGGAAGGACCAUAUAUGGUAAAGAAUCUAUGGUCAACAUCAUGAUAUUACCGACGGCGGUACCUUGCAUCUGGAAAGGUCAAUCGUGUCCGUUUCCGUGUUAUUCAUUGCCGCGUUAGAUGCACAAUUCGGAAUAUUGGACAUGCUUUCCGGGCUUUGGUAGAGUUACCGACAUCUGUGAGAAUAAAUCGAUCAGAGCUGAUGCCACACUGAAACAUAACCUUGCAAGACUAUGCGAUCCUGGUAAAGGUUGUUAGAAGACUCAAGCUGGACAGAAUAGCUACAUGUACCAAGUAAUGUGGCUUCAGAUCUUUUGUCAGAGAAAGGACGAAAGACUCUAUUCGUAUAGGACAGGAGAAAACGUUGCUCCUGCUUACAAGACAUCCUUCGUCUUGAGCCUAUUCAUUUUUUGGAUACAGUAAAAAACCCCGAGUAAGAACCUGCAUUUUCCCAAGUUAGCCUAAACAGGGUCUUGCAUAUUAAUUAGUGCAAAUUUAAGCUAUGUACGUUAUUAAAUACAGUAGGUUCUUAUUUUCUGAAGAAAACAAUACAUUGUCGCGAAGAGCAUUCAGUGGUAUUCAGGUUAUUCCUUAUAUAAAAUCUGCAUACCAUUACAUUGCAGUUGGAGUGAAAAGGCACCUGUCUCCAAAGAGGAUCCUGAAUGUUGAGCUAUCUUAUUUGCCCAAUUGUACAGAGAUUUUUUUAUCGGUUUUCGAAAAAAAGAACCUGUUUCAAAUUUGAGGCUUAAAUAGGUUCUUGUAUAGAGGGGGACGCCUAACUGGCAAAUUCAAGCCUAACAGUUCUUACUCGCGGGUAUUUACUGUAUUCCUUUAUUUACACAACAAAAGUUACAGUUAAAAUAGUUAAACUGAACGGAAGGACAAAUGUCAUAACUGGACCAAAAUACAAGAGAAAGAAUCAGAAAGAAUAAGAAUGAUACAGAAGUUGUGAGUAAAAAAAUAUGCGAUAACACUGGACCCGUAAUCAACAGAUUUUUCCAGUAAUUCGAAUUCUUUCUAACUAAUAAAUUGAAGAGUGGGGUUUUUCGAAAUCGUACCUCCAACUGAUCUUAGUCUUAUACGGAUCAAAAGAUGAUCAAACUGGCUUAGCUUCAGGUCUUUUUGGAAUAUUGUUAUUCCUUUAUUUCUUGGUCUUGUCUGACUUUGUACGCUAAGAUCUCAUCCCCUAAAAUAACUAAAUAAGGGGACACAGGACAACCUUGUCUAACUCCUUUGACAGUUUAAAGAAUUUUGCACAAAAUUAUUUGUCAAGAACAGUGC